CGGCAACCGUAGACGCGGCUGCUAGGAUUCUGCGCGGGAAAACAGCACAAUGGCCAUCAGGAAGAAGGAAUUAGCUUUGCAGAUGGUUAUAAGCAAUCAGGAACUUUGGGAAGAAAUGCUGAGUUCCAGAGGACUGAUAGUGGUAGACAUUUACCAAGGCUGGUGCGGACCAUGUAAAACAGUGAUAAGCCUUUUCAGGAAAAUAAGAAACGAACUAGGUGAUGACCUCCUGCAUUUUGCUGUGGCUGAAGUGGAUUCAAUUGAUGCCCUUGAGAAAUACCGUGGUAAAUGUGAGCCUACAUUUCUCUUUUAUGCCGGAGGUGAGUUAGUAGCAGUGGUAAGGGGAGCUAAUGCACCAUUGCUACAGAAAACCAUUGUGGAGCAGCUGCAAGCAGAAAGAAAGGUCUUGGAUCAUGGAGCAGAGAGAGUGGUGAUUCAAGACGAAGGCCUUCCCAAAGAAGAAGAAAGUGCCAAUAUUGGAGGAGAAGAGGAAGAGGAGGAGGAGGAGGAAGAAGAAGAAGAUGGUGAGGAAGAUGAGACAGAGUAAUCACUUUCUGGGACUGGCCUUCCAACUGCCUUCUGGAAAUGAUGAGGAACAUGACAGAUUAGUACAGAGAAGAAAUAUCUAAAACAUGUUCCCCAUAGCUAACACUGUACCACAAGGAGCAGAAGAGUGUUUGAUAAAGAAUCAUGAACUUAAAGAGUAGAAGAAAUCACCAGGGCCAUCCAGUACAAUCUCCUGCCAUGCCAGAACACACAGUCAAAAUACUCCUGACAGAUAAUCAUCCAGCCUCUGUUUUAAAAACUCCAGAAAAGACUGCUCCACCACACUCCAAGGCAGCAUAUUCCACGGUUGAACAGCUCUACCAGUUUUUCCUAAUGUUUAGGUGGAAUCACUUUUGAAUCCGUUGCCUCUGUCUUAGGCCCCUUCCACACAGCUGAAUAAAAUCUCACAUUUUCUGCUUUGAACUGGAAUAUAUUGCACUAUGGACCCAGAUAACCCAGUUCAAGGCAGAUAUUGUGGAAUUUUCUGCCAUGAUAUUCUGGGUUAUAUGGUUGUGUGGAAGA